AUGUACGGUCGCACAUCUUCAACAUGUUCAGGGUCGUCAAUGUCUCCGGCCUCAAUAAAUAUAAAACCAGAACAAGCAGAACCAGAACAAGCAGCACAGAAUAAUGCAGAACCAAAACAAGCAGAACCAGAACAAGCAGCACAUCAAAAUGCAGAACCAGAACAAGCAGAACCAGAACAAGCAGCACAGAAUAAUGCAGAACCAAAACAAGCAGAACCAGAACAAGCAGCACAUCAAAAUGCAGAACCAGAACAAGCAGAACCAGAACAAGCAGCACAGAAUAAUGCAGAACCAAAACAAGCAGAACCAGAACAAGCAGCACAUCAAAAUGCAGAACCAGAACAAGCAGAACCAGAACAAGCAGCACAGAAUAAUGCAGAACCAAAACAAGCAGAACCAGAACAAGCAGCACAUCAAAAUGCAGAACCAGAACAAGCAGCACAUAAUAAUGCAGAACCAGAACAAGCACAUCAAAAUGUAGAACAAGCACAUCAAAAUGCAGAACAAUGCAGAACAUCACAAUGUAGAACAAGCAGCACAUCAAAAUGCAGAAUAAUGCAGAACAAGCAGCACAUCAAAAUCCAGAAUUGA